UCGAGAAAGGUUAAAUUGUUUCAUCAUAGAUCAAGGACUGGAUGUUCACAUUUGAAUCAAAAGAUUGAAGUUAAAUAGCAUAAAUUGGAAUAAUUUGGAGUCUAACUGAUUGAUUAAUAAAUAAAUGUGCAUAAUAAUUCUAACAGCUAACACAGACAUGUAACAAAGAAAACAAUGUCAGUUGCUUUUUCGUUGUUGUUUCUAGUGACUGUAGUGGCAUCACAAACACUGACAGAAUGUCCACUGGAAUGGAUUCUUUUCAACAAUAAUUGUUAUUUAUUCAAAUUCUAUCCACUACUGUCUUACGAAGUUGCCGACAAGACAUGCUUGGCUAAAGGUGCCGGGUUAGUAAGUGUAAACAACGACGACGAAAACAAUUUUGUAACAUCAAAUAUAAAUCAGUAUAAUAUUCAGGGUCGAUCAGUAUGGUAUACAAGCGGAUCUUAUUUUGAUAUGAAGUUAAUAUGGGAAGGCGAUGGAACAGCAGGGAAUGACGACGAUAGAUAUUGGAUCAGCCUAGACAAUAAACGGUCUACAUACCAGGGUAUGCGGAUUGCAUACAAAUACUUUGUCUCAGGAUCAACUUCUUCAUACAAAUGGUCUAGAGUGACAGAAGAUACACUGGCUAGUUAUAUAUGUGAAAUACCUCUCGUCGAAGUCUCACGAAUAAUUGAAACUGGGCGAGAUUUUACGUAUGGCUCUUCGAUAUCAGACAACGAAAAUGCACCAAAGGGUCCUGCAAUGAAGAUACAACCACAAAACCUAGUAGUAACAUCACAUUCUAUCGAGCCAAACUUAGAAUGUGCCGCUGUAGGAGUCCCACAGCCUCAUUACACGUGGUACCGAUUAGAAAAUACGGCUAAAACAGUGAUUACAGCAUCGAGAAAUUAUGUUAUAACUAAUGGCAAAUUGACGUUCUUAAAUGUUUCAUCAGAAGUUGCCUAUAGUGGCAAUUACCAUUGUAAAGCCGAAAACCAGUUUGGAUCGAUUUUGAGUAAUGUUGCAAGGAUAACACAUGGAUUUUUAAACGAGUUUUCAAACGUGGUACCCGGAAGAUUUAAUGUAUCUUUAUACAAAGGGACAUAUCUGAACUGUAACCAUCCUACGUAUAAACCAGCGGCCAAUUACCAGUGGCAGAAAGGCGAUGAAUUUCUGCAGACAUCACUAAAUCAGUACUAUUUCUUAUCAAGUGAUGGUAAUUUAUAUUUCUCUGAAGUUCAGGCUCAGGAUAGUGGGUACUACCACUGCCUGGUUACAUUAACGUCACUUCCGGAUGAAAAGAUGUGGACGUCACAGCCACCUAGUGUUACUAGUAAAGGAAUAUACCUAGAGGUGACAGGUCAAACUGCCGCUGACUUUCCACCUGAGAUACAGGAUAGUUUCCCUAGAGUUUACCCAGUAACACCAAUGAGAGGAUUCGAGAUACGACUGGAAUGUUUGGCUUAUGGCAGAAUGCCUCUUGAAUAUUCCUGGUCCAGAGAUAGGAAGCCCAUACCCGGAAAAACACGUUAUGAAGACUUAAAUCGUAUCCUGGUGAUAGAGAAUGCGCAGUUUGAAGAUGAAGGAACUUAUAUAUGUAGCGUCAGCUCCACCAAGGGAUUUGACGAAAAAAGAUUCACUUUUGCCCUUUCAGCAAAACCUUAUUUCAUUCAUGCAUUGCAAGAUAUGCAUGUAGACAUCAAUAGCCAAAUUACGUGGAGAUGUGAGGUGGUAGCCAGGCCAAGAGCUACUUACACCUGGUACAAAGAUUCUAAAGUGAUAACAUCCGUACCAGGAAAAUUUGAAAUACACUCCAAUGUCCUUAAAUUGACCAACAUUCAGCUAGGAGAUGGUGGAAUGUACCAAUGUGGAGCAUCAAAUGUAUAUGGUACAGUGUUCGGUGGGGCUCAGUUAAGGGUCCUCUCAUUUACACCUUCGUUUGCCAAAAGCCCCUUACAAAUAAAGAUGCUCGCCGCUUUGAAUGGAAACAUAACAAUACCAUGCAAUCCACAGGCAGCUCCUGCACCUCAGAUCACAUGGUUAAAAGAUGGUAUAGAAUUGAGCGUUCCAUUAUAUAGCACGAUUGACUCCAACAUUGGAGCACAUCGAUUACUGAAUGGACAUUUGAUUAUCACAAAAGUUACUUUAGGAGACGCAGGCGUUUACACUUGCAGAGCAACGAAUGACUUGGGGGAAGCCGACUCUUCUACGGAGUUGACCGUUGCUAAUGAAAUAACACUGCCUGUAGUUCCGGCAGAUGAAACAUUUGUGACCUGGAAUGGAACGGCGUUUAUACGAUGUGAAGCAUCAUAUGAUUAUAACAAAUAUGAUCUGAUAUAUGUGUGGAAAUUUAACGGCAUGAUGAUAGAUGUCGAAAAUGAUCCAUAUUUCGUAAAAGAAAAUGGAAUUAACAUGCAUGGUUUAAGGAUACGUUUUGCACAGUUUAAACACGAUGGAUACUAUGAAUGUGUGGCAACAACCACUGUGGCAUCCGUUAGCGCCAUUGGUAAACUAACUGUCCAUGGUCCUCCGGGAGAACCUGCUGGUGUUUAUGCUAUUAAAGGAACCGCUACCCCAUACUCAAUAUCGCUGACUUGGACGAAACCAGCAGAAAGGGGAAGCGCAAUAACUAAAUACACUAUUGAGGCUAUGACUACAUUCAAUCCUAUAUGGAGAAAGGUUGGAGAAAUAAGUGAUUUUGGUGCAAGAAAUGUCCCAACAGAUGAUAGCACGGAUACUAAAAAGAGAACAUACAUAGUAACUGGUCUGUUACCUUAUAACAACUAUACUUUCCGGAUUUUUGCUUCAAAUGCCUUUUCUGUACCGGGAUACCCAAGUAUACCUUCCAAAUCUUACACUAUACCUGGUGCCAAACCUGAAUAUCCAGUCCAGUACGUCGGUGGUGGUAAUGGAACAUUUGGUACUUUACAAAUGUCGUGGCAACCCUUAUCCUUAGAGUAUGAAGGAGGUCCAGCAAUAGAAUACCAUGUGUAUUGGAGGAGUAAGGAAAACAACAAUUCACCUUAUCAAUUUGUAACACUCCCUGGACGACAGAAGAAAUUGGUGAAAACAUUGACUUCUAAUGAUUAUUACAAACAAUAUGAAAUUAUUGUCGGUGUAAAAAAUAGAUACGGAAUCGGUCCUAAUAGUACCAUGACAGUGAUUUACUCUGCUGAAAUGAUUCCUCCACAUCCUCCAAAAGCCGUCGGCGGAAGUGGUGUAAACGGUACAGCUUUGUUGGUCUACUGGAAUCCAAUGCCUAAUACUAGAGAAGUCAUUGGUGGCACAAUACAAGGAUUUGAGAUAAAUGUGGUUGACUUGAAUGAUCCAAACAGAAAAUCAGUGACAGCCUAUAUUUAUGGUAUUGCAAAUUCGGGUUAUGUUAUUGGAUUAGAACCAAAUGCUGAUUUCUGGGUUACUGUCCAGGUGUUUAACACUGCAGGAGAAAGUUUUCCUAGUGAGAAAACAAGAAUGAGUACAAAUGCCGAACCACCAAGGCAUUAUCCUGAGUAUGUAACAGUGCGAUCGCAUGGUCCUGACAGUGUACAUGUGAAAUGGCGAGGUGUAUUAACUGGGAUCAAUGAAGAAGUACUGUCAGGAUAUAAGUUACGAUGGUAUCCAGCAAACGAGGAUAUAAAACAGGCUUUAAAAAACGAUGUUAUAAUAACCAACAGAAAGACUGAAGGUAUCAUAACCGGCAUAGAAAAACGUGUGAUAUACAAGUUACGUGUACUGGGAUACAGUAAUGGAGGUGAUGGGAAGAUGUCACCGGUCACAUAUUUCACUUUAGGAGGACAGGGAGUACCUGUUACUGAUCCAGCCAUGACAGAUAUUGUUGCAGGGUGUCAAAGACUAUCAUUUUCACUAACUUCGUUCUUUAUGGGACUUGUAAUUUCGUACUUGUUGAUUUAGUACUUAAAGUUGAUAUUAUAUUUUCGAAUGAAAAUAAUAACUUGAAAACAUGAACUAGUGCUAUCCCAUACCCUUUUUCUGUUUACAACAUAUGAAUAAUACUUAUUGACUUAGGUAGAUAACAUUCAUCAUAAAGACAAUGAGAAAGUAUUGUUAUGAAGAAUUCGCCUUUUCAGAAUCUGGAGGACUUUGUGUAAUCUCACUGUUCGUACAACAAAAUGAAAAUAGCGUUAUGCUAUUGGUUGAAUUUCUAUUG